AUGAGCCCACGACAUUGGUAGCUGAGUGCUUCCGGAAGUGCUCAAUGGUCAAAUAAAUGGAACUGUGCUGCUCGUGCACGGUUUUAAGUGUUCCUGUUAUUUGAGGCAGUGGGUAGAAGUAUGUCAGUAAAAGAGUAAAACUGCUGACAUGGCAAAUGACAGCAUUCAUAUUUGUGAACUGGGAAAGACGUGAAGCAAAAUAACAGCAAAACGAUUCCCAAAAUGUAUUUGCAAGUGCCAACUGAAAAUCAUCCGGUAAAGCAGCUACAUCCACUGUCUGAAAUGAACAGCUGCCUCGAAGCGCACCAUACCAGUUCAUACCCGCAUACAGCUGCAUCAUACACUUUGUUUACAGACGGUUCACCUACAGACUUUAAAACUGAAAAGGAGCAGCGGGACAUUGAAAAUAUAAGCCACUGCAAAUUGGUUCAUCAGUGUACUGUGUGUCAGAAGUCCUUCAAAUUUGCAUCAAAACUUGAACGCCAUUAUUUAAUUCACACAGGACAAAAACCCUUUACCUGCUUGGUUUGUGGGCGAGCAUUUAGGCAGUCCAUUCAUUUAAAAAAGCAUCAGGAAACACACCUCAGAUGGGAUCCCUUUAAGGAUAAUCUUCAAGAUUUCUUCAGUGGGAAUGACCCUGCAGAUGCCUUAUAUAGUGAAACGAGUACUGUGGGUCCUCAGUAUGGCUUCACGCAUUCUGGUUCUUUGCAGCUGUAUACUGCACUUCAGGACCCUAAACCAUCUAAACCACUAGAACUUAAUAUCGGUGUGGCCCCAAGUGAUGUAAAUGGGAUUAAUUGGAUUGAUUUCAGUGCUUGCGAAGUAUCUGAUUGGCCAGGAUCAGAAACUGAUACCUCCAUCAAGCAAAUACUUCAGGAGCAUCGGUUCAACUCUGCAAGAGAAGGGAAAGGAGGGAGACAGAAGAGGAAAGCACACCAGUGCUCAGUGUGCCUGAAAUGCUUCAACUCACCAUAUAAGCUUCAGAGACACUUCCUCAUUCAUACUGGACAGAAGCCUUUUGAGUGUUCAACCUGCACAAAAUCGUUCAGACAGCUUGUGCAUUUAAAGCUACACAUGCGCAUCCACACAAAGUCAGGUACUUCACAGUGGUUGCAAAGUGGAGAGUCUGAAUGUGUAAGAAUCAAUAGCAGUUGUGAGAUUCAAGGUAAGCUAUCAAAGCUAGAAGGAAAUUCUCUGCAGGACUCAAUUCCAGAAAGCGGAAAGGAUCAUGUCUUGUCUUCUGAUCACCAUGAUGAAACUGGUCUUGGCAGAAGUAAAGAUGAAAGAUAUGAAGCUCUUGAAAGAAACAUUACAACUGUGCAGAAUCCUCAUUGCAAAUCUGUAAAAGGAGAUCGAAAAAAACACCAGUGCAGUGUAUGCUCAAAAUGUUUUAAUUCUCCUUCCAAACUAAGCAGACAUUAUCUUAUUCAUACCGGCCAGAGGCCUUUCCACUGUGUAAAAUGUGGCAAAACUUUCAGGCAGAUGACACAUUUAAAAGUUCAUCAAGGAACUCACGAAAACUACAAGGAUCAUGGGCGGAUUUUUGAACCAGGGAGAAACAAAGACUUGAAUAAUCCCCCGAGUCCUGUACAAAAUAAAUCGGAUUAUCUUGCCACACCCACCACUCAAAUAACUUCUGUAGUCCAUUUUCAUCAAUUUCAGCAACAGGAGUAUAAACAGGAGCCUGCUUACUCUGAGAAUCAGCAGAAUAACGACAGUGGUGUUGUCAAUGACCUUGGGGAUCUGAAAAUGGUUAAGACAAGCUGUAAACUUAAAACCGAAUAUGAGACAUUUGACUGUGCUACAGACGAGAUGGAGGCAACUGGAGAAAAAAGGCAGAAAGUAAAUCGGUGUAAUGUAUGUUUGAAAUCUUUUAAGUUUGCCUCAAAAUUGGAACGCCACAAGCUCAUCCAUGCUGGUUUAAAACCAUUUAAAUGUCCAGAGUGUGGAAUUGCUUUCAGGCAGGCAGCUCAUUUGAAAAAGCAUCAAGUAAAACAUUCAAAAACUAAUGUAGAUGUCAAAUUUUCUUUGUACAAAUUUAGCCUUGCUGUUCCCCAAGAUGGCUGUACUGAAAGUCACGACUUGCUAUGCAAGUUUCCUGCAGAUGCCGAUGCUUGUAAAAAGGAGCAAGACAGUACAGAUGGGUCCUCCUUUAAGCUAUGUUCUUAUGAGGGUCACGUAAGCAAUGAAUUGUUGCAAGUGGAGCAGCUUGACCUCAACAUUAUUGUAAAACCCGAGGAGAUGACUGAUCCUUGGACUGUUAAUGAUAUGAAUGCGACUACCCCAACAACAUCUGAGCAGAGUGUUGUCAAUGAGUUAUCCCAGCAAAGGCCUGAAAGAGACUGCUUUAAUAAAAAGUCAUUGGCUAAGGCCAGCAAGAAACUUCAUCAAUGCAUUGUGUGCUUCAAAUUCUUCUCUUCUCCCUAUAAACUUCAACGACAUUUCCUAAUACAUACUGGCCAGCGGCCAUUUGAGUGUUCUGAUUGCCAGAAGACUUUUAGACAGCUGGAACAUUUAAAACUCCAUAAACGUACUCAUUCAACGUCCCAUUUAUCUCGGACAUUGUUAAAAAAAGAAGCAAAUGUGAAAAUCCUAGUGUCACAGCAGAAGACCUGUACUAAGGAGAAUCCUACUCGGGUGAAAUCUGAAGAAUUCUUGCCAGAAAAAGACUCUGGAGAGUACGAUGUAGAAAUAUCUAAACAGCCUACUGAUAUGGAUAAUGUUCAAAACAAAUAUUCCAAAAUUGGGACAAGUUCUAUGACUUCUGAGAAUUUAGCAUCUGGAAAGUUAUUUCGCAUGCAUGGGUAUGAGCAGCCUCACAGGCACAGUAAAAUGAUGAAGAGGAGGACACAUCAAUGCUCUUUCUGCUGCAAAUGUUUUAACUGUCCAUCUAAGCUGCAGAGACAUUAUCUAACCCAUACAGGCCAAAAGCCAUUCAAGUGCUUUUCUUGUGGUAAGCAGUUUAGACAGGCUGUUCACCUGAAAGUUCAUCAGCGGACACAUGACAAAUGGCGGACAUUCAAAAGUUUAUUACAACAACAAAAGUUUAUAAAGUGCAGAAGCAAUGAAAUGGGCUCUGGUAUCAGCAGCCUCUCUGAUGUCUCUCAGCCUGAAGAUCCUCAUGACAAUAACACUGAAAAAAGUAGGCCCGAGUUGGUAAGUUUAAAUGAAACAGGCCUCACAUCAGCAAUGGGUCAAGAGGAGCAGAACCUUGAAAGCCAAAAUGCUGCCAGCAGUGUUAAAAGAGUCUAUCAGUGCUCAACAUGUCAAAAGUGUUUCAGUGCUCCAUCACAGUUGCAGAGACACUGGCUCAUUCAUACUGGCCAAAGGCCAUUUGAGUGUAAUUUUUGUCAUCGGGCAUUUAGACAAGCAUCACAUUUAAAAGCUCAUCAUCACACUCAUAGGGAGUUAAGGGCCUUAAGAAGUGGUAGUCUUCAUACCAGACUGACAGUGCUAAAGAAACACAUAGCUCCUCCUGCUAGCAAUGGUAGCCUUUGUGAUAAUUUAGAGACUUGUAGUCCUCAAGAUUUAAAUGUGCAUCAUUUUCCACCUGUAAUGGAAGACAUCCUUUCAUUGGAUGUGGAAAAACUAAAAACAGGCCAGCCGAGUUUAAUAGGAACUGCCAAGUUAGGUCUGAAAUCAAAUUUGAUCAAGACUAGCGAGGAGGAGACUCCACAGCAUCAAAGUGACACUGAGAAAAUGAGUUUAAGAAUGCAACUGCAUCAGUGCUGCUUUUGCUUCAAAAUUUUUGACUGCCCUUCCAAACUUAACCGGCAUUAUCUUUCACAUACUGGACAGAAGGCUUUCAGAUGUUUUGUUUGUGGAAGAAAAUUUCGCCAAUUAACACAUUUAAAAAGGCAUCAGCAAAGUCACAGCCGAAAGAGAAUCAUCAGAGAUUGCAGUCCGCAGAAGAGGCAUUUGGUGGCUGGUACAGGUACAGGCAGUGAGCAACAGAUUGAGGAGCCUGACCACUGCUGGCCUGGUAAUGAACUGAACAUUGAAAAUGAGAAGCACUUUGAGGUUGGGUAUCUCUGUUCCAAAGAAAGUACUGUUGAUGGUCAGAGAUUUGAUGAAAGUGGGAGUAUAAUAGGAGAACUGAUUUUAGCAAACCAGAUGCUUGCUUCCGAAGACCUUGAAAAUGUCCAAGGCAGCAAAAAACGUUAUCACUGUCCAGAAUGUCAGAAAUGUUUUGAUGCUCCAUCUCGACUAGAACGGCAUUACCUAAUUCAUACUGGUCAAAGACCCUUUAAGUGCAGUUUGUGUUCUAAAGCAUUUCGUCAGUUGUCACAUUUAAAAAUGCAUCAACGCACUCAUGGGGAAUGUAUAUCAGUAAGUGGAUCUUCUAAUUUGGGGUCUUUACAUGCAGAGACAUAUAAUUCUGGAGAUCAAUCAUUAAUGCUAAAUUCUAGGGAGCCUACACAAAGCCAAAAACAGGAAGAGAUGGAUGCCAGCUGUGGAUCCUGUGUGACAAGCGAAGAGCCCCCUGAUCAACUGUCUAAUUAUAGCCUAGGCAUAAGCCAUAAAUCCUUUGGAGGAAAGCCAUACGAAUGCUCUGUUUGUUCAAAAACAUUCAACUCCCCUUCCAAACUGGAAAGACAUUUUCUUAUUCAUACUGGUUUGAAACCUUUUAAAUGUUACAUAUGCACCAAGUUGUUUCGACAGCUCUGUCACCUACAGAACCAUCUGAACACCCACACUGAGUGGAAGGUCUGCUCCAAUUCACAGACUGACUUUAAUAAUCUGCAUUUUAGUCAUCAAGAAGAAAGUCCAUCAAAUUCAAAGGAUGCCAUUUCCGAUUUUAAUGGAUUAUUAGAAACCUCCUUUCAGGAGCAAACAGAACAGGCUUCAGAAAACUCUAAACCUGUUUUAUGCCAUUUAACUCUUGAGACAGACAAGGCGGCAAAUGGUAUAUGCCUUCCUCAUUCUUUCCUAGAGAAGAGAACUUUAACUUCAAAUGUAAAUGUUGCAAAAUCUUCAGUGAAGUGUAAAAAUGAUUUGAUUUACCAAUGCUCAGACUGUCAAAAAUGCUUUUCUUCACCAUCAAAACUUGGAAGACACCAACUAAUUCAUGGUAGGGAGAAGCCUUUUGAGUGCUCAGUCUGCAACAAGAUGUUCAGACAGGCUGCUCAUUUAAAAGUGCAUCAGCGCGUCCAUGCAAAAUGGUUUGAGGCUGUACCUCCACCUGAGUUUAAUGAUGAAAGCAGUCACAGGGCUGAAGAUCAUAUUCCAGGUGGACUGCAGACCCCUGUUUGUGUGAUGGAGUUUGAAGGUGUUUCAACUCCUUUAACGGAGAAUGCUGGUGAAGCAAUGUUAUUGGAGCAGCAAGAAGACAUUGGAUUAAGUUCACAAUCCAAAUACACACAAGACUACUUGUGUUCAACCAGUCUUAAUCGGAGGAUGCACUGUAUUCAGUGUGCCAAGCUUUUCAGCACAGAAAGAGAACUUCUGCUACAUAAGUGCCAGGCUUGUGAUGCAAAGGUGACAGAGAAAAAUUCAAACAGGAGCCCUUAUCAGUGUGCUGUGUGCUUUAAAAGUUUCAAUUCUCCAUCAAAGUUUAAAAGACAUUAUCUUAUUCAUACUGGACAAAGACCCUUUGAAUGCACAGUUUGCAACAAGACAUUUACACAGUCCUGUCAUUUAAAAACACACCAGCUGACACAUUUUAAAUAACUUCAGUAUUAUUACUAAUAAAGGUGCAAAACCAUUCUGCUCCUCAUUUCAAAUUACUUGAUGGCAGGACAUCUUUUGGCAAUAUUGUCUUUGUAUUCAAGUAAGUGUGAUGCAAUUUGUUCAUUUUACAGAUCUUUUUGAGUGUGGCAUGUGUUCUUGUGCUUUAUAGCAGAUGCAGUAGAACCUCUAGUUACACAAGGGAUAAAUUCCACAGUACCAAAUAUACAGGAAAUUCUCAUGUAGUGAAGUUCUUAGACAACGUGUUACACUGACUGUAGCAAUCCUGGUUACACCUGUGCACUCUAAUAUGUGCAGAAUGCAUUUACAUCAGUAGCUUUAAGUGCAACAUACCCAUGACUUGGGCUUGACAUGCAAGGCUGCACCAGAGGAUUAGAAAAAGCAAACCUGCAGUUCACAAAAAUCACGAGAGAGCACAAGUGGUGCACUUCUCACUGCUAGAGGUGCUGUGUGUAGUGACGAAUGUGUGGAAAUACAGGUUCAAGAAGUGCACAUCUUGCUGUUUCUCACAACAGUGCACACCAGGAUGAGUGACACAAAGCAAGAGUAUCCCUAGGAGCAUGUCCUGUUGUUUAUGGGGUGCUCUGAAUGAGACAGAGUGAAACACGAGUAAAAUGUCCCUCUCUCUUUCUUGUUCCAUUGGGACCAAUAGUGAUUGUGAGAGCAGCAGAGGUGCAGCCCCAUCUUUUUCGCACUACCACAUGAAGUAGUGAGAGAGAGAGAGAGAGAGAGAUGGUAGGUGCGUGAAAGGCCCGUCUUGUACCAUCUUAAAAAAUGCACUUCACUUAUACUGAUUUUAAUCUUGGUAUACGGAUGGGUCUUGGAUUACAACAAUUUUAAGUCAUCAUAAUGGUAUAAAAGUCCCUUAUUUUCCUAUUUAAGUGGAUUUCUAUGAUGGAUUUUAGUUGCUUAAUUUUUUCCCCUUAUUAAUAAAUGAAACUAGUUUUGAAAUAUAGUAUAUGAAUAUGUAGCAGCCAUAACUAAUGGUAAAACAUACUGCAAUACAGUAUUACACAUACUUUGUGACUUUGUCCAAGAGUCAAGUGAAGUAAAUGGCAGCCACUCGGCACGCUUCACCACAGGUAAGCCGAUCAAUCAACAACUUUUCAUUUAGCGGAGUGGUAGAAGAUACUUCUUGUCAUUCCCAGUAUCCUAAAUAAACAUCAUAGCCAUGUCGUCUCAGGGAGUACAGUUGCUGGCAGGCAAGGUGACACUUGCAAUGACCACAUGCAGCUCACAUCUUAGAAAAGACAAAUAUUGCAUGUUUAUUUGUUAUUAACAACUGUAGGAUAUUUAAACAAAGUUGACAUAAUGGACAUAACUAUUGGUUGACUUUAGAUUAAAUUAGCACAUUAAAAAAAAAAAAGACGAGCAGGCCAUUCAUCCCAGCAUAGUUUGCCAAUCCCAUCCACUCAAUCCUUCAAAAAUAACUUCUUGUUUUAAAAGUCCCGAGAGUCCUACUGUUCACCACACUAUGCGGUCACUUACAGCAUGUUUCCAUGGUUCUGGGAGUGUUGAAAAUCUUGAUAACAUUUCCAACCGUAUUCAUGUGUAUUGGAUUAACUUGUUUUAAAGUAACAGUCUCAAUCCACUGGACUAAUUCCCAUCAUAAUUUUAAACAUUUCAAACAUCCAUUUUCCAACCCGCUGAAUCCGAACACAGGGUCACGGGGGUCUGCUGGAGCCAAUCCCAGCCAACACAGGGCACAAGGCAGGAACCAAUCCUGGGCAGGGUGCCAACCCACUGCAGGACACACACAAACACACCCACACACCAAGCACACACCAGGGCCAAUUUAGAAUCGCCAAUCCACCUAACCUGCAUAUCUUUGGGCUGUGGGAGGAAACCGGAGCGCCCGGAGGAAACCCACACAGACACGGGGAGAACAUGCAGACUCCAUGCAGGGAGGACCCGGGAAGCGAACCCAGGUCUCCCAACUGCAAGGCAGCAGCGCUACCCACUGCGCUACCGUGCCGCCCCAAUCAUGUCUCCUCUUAAUCUCCUUUUACUUAAAAUGAAAAACCUCAGCUCUAAUAUUUCCUCAUAAUUUAUCCCCCGCAGUUUUAAAUCAAUCGAGUCUUUCUUCUUUAGACCUUUUUCUACUCAGUCUGUCUUUUUUGUAGUGUGUAGACCAAAACUGAACAUAAUACUCCAAAUGAGGCCUUAGCAGUGCAUUAUACAUUUUAAGGAUCACCUCCUUUGACUUGUAUUCUACACACCAGGGUGCUAUAUAACAUAAGAUACUGUUAGUCUUGUUAAUGGCUUCAGAACAAUGUUUGGCAGUUGUUACUGUCAAGUCCAAUAUGACUCUGCAAUCCUCAUAAGGUGUACUUUAAAAUUUUCAUACCUCCCAUUAUGUAUUCAAAAGUAACAUUUUAUUUCAUACAUGUAAUACUUUAAAUUUACUGAUCUCAAAUUUCAUCUGCCACAAAUUUGCCUAAGCCUGUCAGCUGUACAAGUCUGUCUGUGAUGAUUCUAUGAAUUCUUGAGUAUCUGCCAAUGCACCAAGUUUGUUAUCAUCUGCUAACCUAACCAACUUAUUUACUUACAUUCCUAUCCAAAUUAUUUUUACGUAUUAAAAACAGAGGUAGCCCUAGUACUGCCCCCGCUGGAUGCCACUCUUAACAUCAGCCAAUUGUGAUAAGGUUCCUUGCACCGUCACCCUCUGCUACCUGUAUUUUAGUCAAUUCUGUAUCCAUUCUACACAUCACUUCCUGAAUUCAUACUUGUUUGGGUUUAAUUGUCAACCUCUUAUGUGGCACUUUAUCAAAUACUUUCUGAAAUUCAAGAUAAAUAAUCUGGGAUGCAAAACUCUGGUUGUAGCCUUUUGUUGCUUCCUCAUAGAAAUCCAACAUGACAGUCAAACAUGGCCUUCUUCUGAAACCAAUGAUCAUGGAAUUCCUAAAAUAUGCAUCAAGGUUUCAUAUCUGUAAUCACUCACCUGUUUAACAUUCUGUCAUAAACAUGAUCUGGUCCUGGUGAUAUUAAUCUCAGUCUUUAAUCUGAGCAACCCUUAACCCUCUACAAUUUUUCAUAUUCUUCAGUAACUCCUUCGUAGUUCCUUUUUCCAAUGGGACGUUAUACACUUCCUCACAUGGGAAAACCUGCAAAAAUGCAUUAUCUGUAUUCUUUACUGCGUUGGGUUGGCACCCUGCCCGGGAUUGAUUCCUGCCUUGUGCCGGCUGGGAUUGGCUCCAGCAAACCCCCAUGACCCUGUGUUUGGAUUCAGCGGGUUGGAAAAUGGAUGGAUGGAUGGAUGUAUUCUUUAAUUUCCUUGAAUAUUCCCGAUGUACUUUAGCUCUUCCUUGACUGUCCUUUUAUGCCGAACUACUGAAAGAAUCUCUUUGGUCAUCUUUCUCCUUAUCUGCCAUAUUCCUCUCUAACUGUUUUUUAGCCUCCCUAAUAUCCUUCUUAACCCUUUAACCGCCAACUCCCUAAAUAUUCCCCACGCCAGGCGAAAUCUGAACAAUUUUCGUUAUUUUACUUUUUUACAUUUAUUCAAGCAGUAUUGACCACUAAAUGUUGUGCAAGUUCUAGAAAUGGGCAAACACAUAAUAAAACACAAAAUGUACCUUUUCUCAGGCUUCCACAACAAUAAAUCAUCAACUGUAACUGACGGUCCUGGCAUGUAGGGCAACUGAAAUGCUUCAAAUAAAUGGUCAAUCAAAGGACGUAGCUUGAACAAGCGGUCGCGGUUUGGAUCUUUAUCUGGCUCAUUUCUGUUGUCAUUCAAAUGAAAGAAUUUCAGCAGCAAAGAGAAUCGGUUACGUGUCAUGAUAGCUGCAAAAAUAGGUGUUGCAUACAUAGGAUCUGUAGACCAGUACAUCAAUAUCUGGUUUUCUGAUUAUUCCCAUCAACAUCAAAAUCCCAAUGAAUUUUUUCAUUUCGUUUUCAUCAGUGUCUACCCAAGCACGAACACGGGAAUGUGGAGGUAAAUUGGGAUUUUUCUCAAUAAACUGUGCUGCAUACAGAUUUGUCUGAUGAGCAAAAUGUCUGAUCAAAUCAGGUGACACAAACAGCUCAUAAAACUGCUCAGCAGUGUAAUUGUUUACAUCAACAAUAAAGCCACACGUUGCCUCAAACGGAUGCAGAAAAGGUAGUUCACCUCGGGCAGCAGUCCAGUUGAGAUGCUGGGGAUACACCCACUCAUCACCGUCAUCCGAUGCGCCGUCAUUCAUAGUAUCAUGCAGCGCACGUUGCUGAUCAUCAUUGUCGCUAAAAUCUUCUUCAGAACUGCUACAAUCAUGAUCAGAAUUAUUGUCCAAAAUCGCCUGCAAAACCUCACUUGAAGUCAGUUUACGUUUUGCCAUAUUCACAGCUUUCACUUUCGAAUCACAUCACGUGAUCGGCCAAUACAAGCGCAGAGUUGUCAAAAUACAACGUAGUAAUAAUACCCACGCCAAACUGUCAGUUAUACUACGUGCCAGGCAUUCACAUAACCAGACAAAUGUGCCGGAUAAUUCUGGCAGUAAGGCGUCAACAUUAAAGCUACGAUGCCGGAUAUAUCCGGCAGAGGGCGGUUAAGGGGUUAAUGGUUGCACUCAUGUUCUCAAACACCCUAUUAUUUGUACUGGAUUCAUUAGUCUUAUACAGUAAUUCGUCUGUUUUUUUUUUUUUUUCCUUUGCAGACUUUGCCACAUUUGUUCAAAAUUUGCCCUAUCAAAGUUAAAUCUUUUGCAAGUUCUUUGCAUUUGCAUUUUUUUCAAAAUACUGAGAAUUUUUUUAUUUUACUAGACAUGAAGCCCGUUACAAUAAUGGGCGCUAGAACAGUAGUCCAUAAACAUUAGUAGGCACAGUCUAUAUUAAAUGGAAAGGGACCUUUUACCUCAUUAAAUUGUUUCCAUAAAAUGCCUGUAAUUUUCUCUGACAGUAAUACUGGCUUUGCUGUUCGUAAUAUGCGUUUAAUUUUAUGCGACAACAGUGGGCAAUCAGCAGAUUCUCCCCAGCAACUGAUGUAAUGUGCGCGAAAAUAAAUCUACUUAUACUUUACCGGGGCAAGCUUUCUUAAUCGCAAAUCUGACAUCCUCAGAGUGAACACUUGCACAACAAUGGGGAAGCUGGUCUCCGCGUCUCAGUACCCGAUUGGAUUUUUCGUUUUCUGUUUUAGGUCUUACCUCAUUUACAGAAAUGCGAUUGGAUCUGCCGCACGAUCUUUUAUAGGUCCCGCAGUCUCUGUCUUGUGUGACGUGUCAGGCGACCUUUGAAGCAACGCACCGUGCCCUGCGCAUGCGCACUUCACCAGAAGACAGACACACACACACACGGACACCUGGAUGCACACAGGGAUUUUAUUAAAGAGGAUGUUCAUUUGACCCUAGUGUUUCAAACACCUCUAUACUCUCAAUUCUAUCCUGAUUAUUACAAACUAUUAAACAUUUUGAAAGACAUCGUCACCCUGUGUUGGUAUGUUAAAGAGUUGCUCAUUACGUGUAUAAACUGCUGUCAUACUCCGUAGUUUGUAAGGAUAGCCCAGAGAAUAUUUGGGUAGUUAAAGUAUCCCAUGAAUAUUAGUGUUUUGUUAUUUACAGUACAGUAUUUUUACCUUUUUUUUUUUUUUACUGGUAAGUUUGAAAAAAAAUUCUUACAUAAAUAAAAUUACAUACAGUAUUUGACAUUUUUUCCACAAGGUUGGACAUUUUUAGUGCAUACCCCACUUACAUACAAAAUGAGUUUAUAAAUGUCUUCAUCUAUUGAACUUCUUUGUAACCCAAGUCCCACUUGCAUAUUCCAAUUUAUUUUGUCACUGGUUUGGAUAAAAUUGAAUUAGAGUUAGUUUGUUUUGUGUAAUUUGAGGUUCUACUGUACAUAGACAUUAUGGCACAAAAUUCACUGCGGCAAGGCACAGCACUGGUAAAGACACCGCACAAAACAACUGCUUGGAUUAUUUAAAGGCUCCAAGCUAGAAAAGCAGAGACUAACAAAGAAUUACAAAAAGAAUAAAACAGGUGGCUUGAAAAUGAAGGAGCAAGUAGAUUGUCUGGUGGGGACUUCAAGUUUCAACUCGGUAUAUUGUUUGAACCACUAUUUAAGAACAAAAAGAUAAAGGAUUUUUUUUUUUUUUUUAAAUGUGUAUUCUCAUGUAAAUUUAGAUAUUAUUAAAAGGCUUAUUGCUUCUUUUCUAUAAAGAAUCGUUCUUUUACAGUGCAAGGCACCCACUCAUCCUCUGUAAAUGGAUCCAUGAAUCCUUAGUCUUUACAGCACAUUAAAAAAUUAAUCCCAGUCACAAAACAAGAAUACCAUCCAAAAACAUUAAAAAGUAAAAAUGAAACAAAAUGGCAAAGUAUAUGUAUUGUAAGAGGACAAGAGAAAGAAAAAGGUUUAGGGUGACACAAUGACAACCCAUAUAUUGUAAGUGGAAAAUAAUUAAUGCAGCCUUUCAGCAAAAGAAUGUCCCUAAGGAUGCGAGUCUCAAAUUAAACUAUCCAAGAUGGUGACACUUCUGGUUAAAUGCCAGCCAGGCAGGAAGAGGCAGGUCCAGGUGGAUGGAUACCGGAAGUGACAUCAGAGGUGGCGAGUUUGGGAGAGGGAGGAAGAGAAGAGGCAUUA